AUGAAUCUAUCCUGUCGUGAUCAUGAGGCUAAGUAUUUGGUACGCAGUCUUCAAGGUAAGCUGCGUAUUGGCCUGGCCGAGCAGUCCGUUCUUGCUAGUUUAGGUCAAGCCGCCGCCUAUACUCCUUUUCAUAGCAUCGCCGCCGUCUACGCGGGCUCACAAAGUCAUCAGUUUACACCUGAUGUCACUGCACUGCUAGAUGCUUCACGAGGCGUGACAUCAGAAGUUUGGAAGGCCCAGGUCGAUGAGAUGGCGGCUGCCGUCAAGAGGGCUUAUUGCAUUUUUAACUUCUUGCUUCUCUCAUUUCACGACCUCCACAUCCAUUUCCUCAGUCUGUGCCCAAAUUAUGACACUUUGGUGGCUGCGCUUUUGGAAGGCGGAACGGAAGCACUCACUGCUCAAUGCAUCCUCACACCAGGCAUCCCGCUCAAGCCUAUGCUCGCCCAUCCAGCAAAGGGGGUCAGCAAUGUUUUAAAACGGUUUGAUGAGGCUGAUUUCACUUGCGAAUACAAAUAUGACGGUGAGCGGGCCCAGGUAAUUCGCUUUACUAGCACACAUAUACGUUUUUAUAUGCAUGAAUAUAAAUAUUCGCCUUAUGCUCCACAGCCUGAAUUGUACUUCUUGGUCACUUAA